UGGUCUCUUUCUUCUUCUUCUUCUUCUUCUUCUUCUUCUUCUUCUUCCUUUCAUCGUCUGGUGCGAAGGCUCUCCCGAGAGGAAAGCACUACGAUCGAUGGACGAUCUCGGGAUCGAGGCGAAGGAGGCGGCGGUGCGGGAGGUGGCGAAGCUGCUUCCCCUCCCGGAACUUCUCUCUUCCAUCUCUCAGAUCAAAUCGGAUUACCUCUCUCGCCAGCAGGCCAACGAUGCGCAACUUAGCACGAUAGUAGCAGAACAGGUUGAACAGGCGCGUGCUGGCAUUGAUGCACUUGCUUUAGCUCAAAAUACAAUUAACCAGCUACGUGACAACUUCUUAUCAAUCGAAAAGUUAUGCCAAGAAUGCCAAACUUUGAUCGAAAACCAUGACCAGAUUAAGGUUCUUAGCAAUGCGAGGAAUAACUUGAACACAACUCUAAAGGAUGUUGGAGGAAUGAUGUCCAUUUCUGUUGAAGCAGCUGCUGCACGUGAUUCUCUUAGCAAUGACAAGGAACUGAUCCACUCAUAUGAGAGAUUAACAGCACUUGAUGGUAAAAGGCGAUUUGCCCUGGCAGCUGCAGCAUCUCACAAGGAAGAGGUUGGCAGACUGAGGGAAUACUUUGAAGAUGUUGAUCAGACUUGGGAGACCUUUGAGAAGACACUAUGGGGUCAUGUGGCAAACUUUUUCAAGCUAGCUAAAGAAAGCCCACAAACGUUGGUGAGAGCUCUAAGGGUAAUUGAAAUGCAAGAAAUUCUAGACCAGCAACUGGCUGAGGAGGCAGCUGAGGCUGAGGGAGGGGGCACUAUGGCGUCAAUUACAAACCCUCGUAGAUCUGCAAACAGAAAAGCUACAGGUGCAGUAGCCUCCCCACGGAACGUGACUCCAGAGAAGUCAAAAGGCCAGGGAAAAUGUUAUAAGGAUAAAUGUUAUGAGCAGAUAAGAAUAACUGUUGAGGGACGGUUCAAUAAGUUGCUGACAGAGCUUGUUUUUGAGGAUUUAAAAGCUGCUUUGGAAGAAGCUCGGACGAUUGGCAAUGAACUCCCAGAUGUUUAUGACUAUGUGGCUCCUUGUUUUCCUCCCAGAUAUGAAAUUUUCCAGCUUAUGGUUAAUCUCUAUACUGAGAGGUUUAUCCAAAUGCUUCGACUUCUAAGUGACAGGGCAAAUACAUUGACAAAUAUUGAAAUUUUAAAGGUAACAGGCUGGGUUGUCGAAUACCAAGAUAAUCUCAUUGCUCUUGGAGUUGAUGACUCCUUAGCACAAGUUUGUUCAGAAAGUGGUGCGAUGGAUCCUUUGAUGAAUGCAUAUGUUGAGCGAAUGCAAGCAACGACAAGGAAAUGGUACACAAAUAUUCUUGAGGCUGAUAAGGUUCAACCACCAAAGAAGACAGAAGAAGGAAAGUUAUAUACACCAGCGGCUGUGGAUUUAUUCAGAAUUUUAGGGGAGCAAGUGCAAAUUGUCAGGGAAAAUAGCACGGAUGUCAUGCUUUAUCGAAUUGCUCUUUCCGUCAUCCAGGUAAUGCAUGAUUUUCAGGCAGCUGAAAAGCAGCGGCUUGAGGAACCAGCUUCUGAAAUUGGUCUGGAACCUUUAUGUGCAAUGAUCAACAACAACUUGCGAUGUUAUGAACUUUCUACAGAGCUCAGUAACAGCACAAUGGAAGCUCUUCCAGAAAAUUAUGCGGAGCAGGUUAAUUUCGAGGAUACUUGCAAAGGUUUCCUUGAGGUUGCAAAAGAGGGUGUUCAUCAGACUGUCAGUGUAAUAUUUGAAGACCCUGGUGUUCAGGAGUUACUUGCAAAACUCUACCAAAAAGAUUGGCUUGAUGGGUUAGUAACAGAGUAUCUUGUUGCAACGUUUGGUGAUUAUUUCACUGAUGUAAAAAUGUAUAUAGAAGAAAGAUCAUUUAGGAGAUUUGUUGAAGCCUGCUUGGAGGAAACAGUUGUGGUUUAUAUAGAUCAUCUACUCACACAGAGGAAUUACAUGAAAGAAGAAACGAUUGAGCGGAUGAGGCUAGAUGAAGAAGUACUCUUGGAAUUUUUCAGGGACUAUAUUACUGUUACUAAAGUUGAAAGCAGAGUGAGAAUUCUCACAGAUCUUAGGGAGCUGGCUUCUGCUGAGAGCUUGGACACUUUUACUCUCAUUUACACAAACAUACUUGAACAUCAACCAGAUUGCCCGCCUGAGGUUGUUGAGAAGCUUGUGGCCUUGCGAGAAGGCAUACCUCGUAAGGAUGCCAAAGAGGUAAUGCAAGAAUGCAAAGAAAUAUACGAGAAUUCUCUUGUAGAUGGCAACCCGCAAAAGACCGGUUUUGUCUUUGGGAAGGUAAAGUGCCUUCAGGCACCAAAAGGUAUAUGGCGGAAACUUGCUCAGUGAUCCCGGUUUUGUAAGUUCUAUAUCUGUUUGUAACUAGAUGGUAUUUAACUGGUAUUGUAUUCCUUAAUUUACCCUAGAAAAAAAAAAGAGAAUAGAAACCAUAUUCUUUGAUUUUGUGGAAACUAAACUUAAUGAGGGGCUCCUUGUUGCUAUAAUGUGUUGUUUGUGGUAUUAUCAUUGUAUUAAUUUGUUUAUUGUUAUCAUCUGUCUGCACUGUAAAAAUUUUACUAGUGCUCAUUUACAGUGAUGGUUUUCAUUUCUGUUGUUUA